AUGUUGCCCUCAGUAGCACCUUUUCCGCCAGUUCAACCACAUCAUCAUAUGAAUCAUUAUCAUGGGGCUGACACAGUUGAUGGCAAUUACGACUUUGACACGACACCCUUCGCCGCCACGCUCCCUCACAAUGAUAUGAAUAAACCAUCUUUUCACUCGGUUCCCCGUACUCGACUACAGUAUCAUCCAGUGCAGCGUCUCGAUAUUCAUGACACGACUGGCAUUGGACUCAACCCGAAGAACCCUGGAGAACACGCACUGAGGAGGAAGACACCGAAUGGGACUCUUGCAGCUGGUUACGAUGGGACGCCGGGGGAUGCAACAAUUCAGCCCCCGGCGUCCAAGCAUAUUCUCGUUUCACCUCUUGAGUCAGGGCAGAUGGUAACUCCUCAAACGGGCUUUCCCAUGGACACCUGGUCGCAGCUCUCCUUGGAACAGCCAUCCCAAGCGAAACCGAUGAACUUUCCGCCAGUGUACAAAAACGAGUCAAGCCGGACUAACACAGCUCCCGGAGAGAUGAUUCAGGGUGUGAAUGGUGCAAGCUGGGUCCGUUCGUUGAAUUACGUGCCGGGAAUAGACUCGAUGCUUAACCAAUCGCUUCCGAUGCCGGGAUCCCAGCAAAGAUUCUACUGGCAUAACGGUGCCUAUGUUCCAACGGUCUUACCAGCGACUCUUCAGCCGUGCCUCGGCCCUACAGCAUCGGCGGGUACCGGUCCAUAUGGUCCGUAUUGGCCCGAUGGUGUAUAUAUUCCAUAUCGUCCAGCGGCCUUUCGAGAGCCCCGCUACAACUCCCCUAAUCCGUUCGCGAAACAAAUCAACCCUUCCGCCCUUCAGUUCUUCGAUGCAGGGCAGCAACCGUUCAACCAUAAUCCAGUACCGCCGGGCAGCCGCACUGAUCUAGGUUCAACCUGGAGCGCAACCCCUCUGGGAAUUAUCAGUCACGACCCUUCCGUGAAGAACAAUUUCCCCCCGCGUCACUCCGAUCAGAAGGCCUUUGAUACUCCUCAACGCACAUUGCCGUACCAUCCACGUCCAAGCAAUGCAAGCUCUGCCUUCUCAUCACGUCAGCCUGGAAACGAAGCUUACACACCAUGGUCGGGUCCCGCUAGUGGGCAUGGGUUUCAAGGUACAGGUUCUACAGCUAAUUCUCGUGCAGCCAAUGUGGAAUUCAAGGAGAAAGUCUUGUCAUGGGCCCAUGGUGUUUAUGUUGAUCUCCUAGCUUCGAUCCAUCAGGCUCGGCGGAAUAGCAUUUCUAAUGCAGGUGGUGAUCCCCAAAGCCAGCGAUUUUUGAAACCUAGCAUAUACCCCAAACCACCACGGCAACCAGGACUGGACUUCUCCCAAGUAAAUCCACCGGAAGUUGGGCGCCACAACAGCUAUCCGUCGUGCCAAUAUGAUCACCGAACGAAAAAUAUCAUUAAUCAUACCCCGCAGACUGAUAGUCACUCGGGCUUUCAGACUCACCAGCAUCGGCAUCGACCUUCGCUUCACCACUUUCAACAACAGAGUGACAUGCAGAUGCUCGACAGGUUACGCCACACAGGCCGCUUCACAGUUCCAGCGGUGUCCCCCUUUCCUACUGCACGUUUUGGCAGCGAGAAUUCGCCAAUGACAAAUGCUCGCACCGCUUUAGACAUGCUUUCUCCACUAUGUAGCGAGAGUGGUUGGGAGUGGAUCGAUGGUAUGCUACUUGGUGGCUGUCUUGCCUAUGGUUUGGGUGACUAUCCAAAAGCUAUGAGAUGGUAUUCAAGGAUCAUUGCUAGAGAUCCGCAACAUGUUGAGGCGAUAUCGAAUCUAGCUGCCACUCUUUUGGCACUUGACCGUCGAGAGGAGGCACUGAACCACUGGCUACGUGUUGUGAAACUUCGCCCCAGCUUUUUCGAGGCCGUAGAGCAUCUCAUUGGUCUCUUGUGUAGCAGCCAUCGUGGAAAGGAAGCCGUUAACAUUAUCGAAUUCGUGCAGAAGUCACUUCGCUUUCCAAAAAAUGGCGACUGCUUUACAGCCGAUGAACAUGCUAGCGAGACGGAGAGUGACGCAGAAAGCGGUGCCUCGAGCGCAUCUGAUCUCGGCUCAUACGAGAAAGCAUCUUUCGAUUAUGAUGAUGACUUGAACCGGUCAGUCUUCACUAAUAAGCGGUCUGCAGAGACCGGCUCCACUGGCUUUGGAACGAGCGGUUAUGCUAUCCCGGGCUGCGACAACGGUAGGAUGCUGGCUCUUGUCCAUGCCAAAGGCAAUAUGUUAUAUGCAUUGGGUGAUAAUGCUGGAGCUGCGGUGGCGUUCGAAGAUGCGAUCUUGAUCGCUGCCGGGAGAAGACGUCACGGCAUUCAAAACUUAAUAAAGCAGAUAUUUGCAGCGUUUUCGUAUGGAUCGCGGCAUGACUAUGCUGCCCCAUCAGAACAACAUAGCUCGAACGAAACUAUUCUCCUAUAUCCGGAUAAGGCUCUGCAGACCUCUAAACUGGUCUUUCCUUCAUGUGGAACGCCCCCCGGAAUCAAAUUUGUUGGGGAAGGUCUUGCAAGGAAAGCGGCGAUAUCCACCACGAGCAAUUCCUUACUCUCCCUGGCAAAAAUAUACCAGGAUGGGAUGUCUAGUAUCUCCACCGGGGGCGCGCCCAGAGCUGCCCCAGGAGUUCGAGAUAUACUAGCGCUCUACUACCUUUCACUUUCUCUCCAACCGAGCCCCUCGACCGCAAACAAUGUGGGAAUUCUGCUUGCCGGCAUUCAAAAUAAUGCAACCAAAGGGCUACCCCGCUCUAGUGGUGAGAUGCAACAUCCCGAGAUACCUGGUGUGGCCUUUGGCAGUGGAGUGUCUCUGGCCCUGGCAUAUUAUAACUACGGGUUACACCUCGACUCUCGACAUGCUCACCUGUAUACGAAUCUUGGCAGCCUACUCAAGGAUAUUGGCCAGCUUCAGGCUGCUAUUCGGAUGUAUGAACAGGCUGUCCAGUGUGAUAGCAAUUUUGACAUUGCUCUGGCGAACCUCGCGAAUGCAGUCAAAGAUGCCGGUCGUGUCAAUGAGGCAAUCAAAUAUUACAAGCGUGCUGUCAAAGUAAAUCCCGAAUUCGCAGAAGCAGUCUGCGGACUAGCCAAUGCUCUCAACUCUGUCUGCAACUGGGUUGGCCGAGGUGGGAUUGCCAAUGGGCAUGGCUUCCGGGAUCGGUGGCAUGUCAACGAGCAAGGGAUGCUUCGGGACGCUUACAGUAUUGACACGGGUGCUGGUUGGAUUAAGCGUGUCGUUGAUAUUGUCGACCGGCAGCUCAAAGAAGGCGAAUCAUGGGGCCGUGGCCUGCUGACUCCCAACACAAUUGAGCAACUCCGACGACCACAACUUCCUCCUGGGUUGUCUGCUCCCAAUGCUCCUACUGUGUUACCUUUCCAUACCUUUACAUGUCCACUUUCUGCGAAACAGAUUCGACAAAUCUCACAGCGUAAUGGGCUUCGCAUAUCCUGUGCAACCCUUCGCUCCCCAUGGCUGCCAGCUACGGUGUAUCAGCCCCCGGCACCACCAAACCCAUAUCUCAAAGUUGGAUAUGUAUCGUCGGAUUUCAACAAUCAUCCCCUUGCGCAUCUUAUGCAGUCUGUAUUCGGAUUGCAUAACCCAUCAAGAGUGAAAGCCUAUUGUUAUGCCACUACCGCAAGUGAUAAGUCUAUCCAUCGUCAGCAGAUUGAAAGGGAAGCACCGGUGUUUCACGAUGCUAGUGGAUGGUCUGUCGACCGGUUAGUAAAGCAGAUCGUCGCGGAUGGCAUCCAUAUACUCAUCAACUUGAACGGUUACACACGUGGUGCACGUAAUGAGGUUUUUGCUGCUCGGCCAGCCCCAAUUCAUAUGUCAUUCAUGGGGUUUGCAGGGACCCUGGGUGCUGAGUGGUGCGACUACAUCCUUUCUGACAUCAUCUCGAUCCCCCAAGAGACCCUCGCCCCAGGAGGGCGUAAUCUUAGCAUCAAAGACCGAGUGCUGGAGGAGAACCAUGGAGAGGACCUUGAAGAUUGGGUUUAUGGUGAAAAGAUUGUGUUCACCAGGGCCACGUUCUUCUGUUGUGAUCAUCGACAAAGUGCACCAGACUCCCAGGACCUACGUCUCGCUUGGGAGCAGGAACGAGAGAAGCGAUGGCGUAUGCGGAAGGAGCUGUUUCCUAAUCUGCGCGAUGAUGCCAUUAUCCUGGGCAAUUUCAACCAGCUAUAUAAGAUCGAGCCCACAACAUUCCGUACAUGGCUCCGGAUACUUGCACGGAUUCCUAACGCCGUACUAUGGCUACUUCGCUUCCCAGACCUUGGUGAACAGAACCUCAAGGAAACAGCCGUUGCUUGGGCGGGAGAGGAAACUGCCUCUCGCAUUAUAUUUACCGAUGUUGCACCCAAGAACACCCACAUCUCGCGGGCCAAAAUAUUGGAUCUUUUCCUGGACACACCCGAGUGUAACGCGCACACGACCGCGACGGAUGUCCUGUGGAGUGGGACACCUCUCCUGACCCUUCCUCGCUACAAAUACAAGAUGUGCUCUCGUAUGGCGAGCAGCAUCCUUAGUAGCGCUUUGCCCGAUACUGAUGAUGGCCAAAAGGCUCGCGAAGAGUUGAUUGCCACAUCCGAUGAAGAUUAUGAAGAAAAAGCCAUCCGGUUAUGUCUGAGUUUGAACUACGAGCCUGGCAGUGAGGGCCGAGCAAGAGGCAGGUUGCCUGACCUCCGGAGAAUGUUGUUCCAGGAACGAUGGAGAAGUAAACUGUUUGAUACCAAGCGCUGGGUUCAUGAUCUGGAAGAUGCCUACGAGCAAGUUUGGCAACGAUGGGUGAAUGGCGAAGAAGGAGAUAUAUGGUUAUGA